AAUUCAAUUCCUCCUAAUCCAAUUAGCGAAGAUGCCAUAAUUGCAUUCGACUCCAUUGGUUUCUCUUCUCUUCUGGGCUUUUUGGCCCACGAACUGAUCUGCGACUCCCUCACAUUCACAAAUGUCCCACCACCUGCAACCCGAAACUGCUUCCAAAACUGGUCUUUCGCGCAUAAUCUGAUCUGGGUCUUCUUCAAAAUCGCAAAUUUCCAAAUACCAACGACCUGAAUUGCUUCCAGAAGUGGUUUUUAGCCGAUAAUUUGAUCUGGGUCUGAUUCAAAUUUUUUACGCCUAGAGGUCCAAUUGCUCUGAUAUUAAGCAUGGUUUCUCUGUCCAAUUCAGUGCUGUUUCCUCUUACUACAUCCAGUGGCUUUUCUCGGUCGGCUAGAUUUGCAAGGACAACCAAUUGGUGUAGUACUAGUGACAAGCAAAAGGGAGAGCCCAGAAACGUUUUAUGUGCUUGUAUGGCGCCUCCCCCGAACUUGAGGAGCGAUGAAUCUUUUGCGGCAAAAUUUGAGGAUUCAUUUAAAUCAGAGAAUUUAAGCACAGUUCGGGAGCCUGAGGAUGAUUCUGAUGUUCUAAUCGAGUGUAGAGAUGUCUACAAAUCAUUUGGCGAGAAGCAUAUAUUGAGAGGUGUGAGCUUCAAGAUUAGACAUGGCGAAGCUGUUGGAAUAAUUGGGCCUUCUGGCACGGGGAAAUCUACAGUUCUAAAGAUUAUUGCCGGGCUUCUUGCUCCUGACAAGGGAGAGGUAUACAUUCGAGGUCGAAAGAGAGAUGGUUUGAUAAGCGAUGAGGAGAUAUCUGGUCUUCGGAUUGGAUUGGUGUUUCAGAGUGCUGCACUUUUUGAUUCUUUGAAUGUUCGUGAAAAUGUUGGUUUCCUUCUGUAUGAAAAUUCGAGCAUGCCCGAGGAUCAAAUUUCACAGCUUGUGACUGAUAGCUUGGCUGCUGUAGGGUUAAAGGGUGUUGAGGAUCGAUUACCUUCGGAGCUGUCUGGUGGAAUGAAGAAACGAGUUGCUCUGGCUCGGUCUAUAAUUUGUGAUACUACAAAGGAAGCCAUAGAGCCAGAGGUGCUCUUAUAUGAUGAGCCAACCGCUGGACUUGAUCCUAUUGCAUCUACUGUGGUAGAAGACCUCAUCCGCUCUGUCCAUACAAAAGAUCAGGCAGCGAUUGAGAAGCCUGGGCAGAUUGCAUCUUAUGUUGUUGUUACUCACCAACAUAGUACCAUUAGACGAGCUGUUGACAGGUUAUUGUUUCUCUACGAGGGCAAGAUAGUGUGGCAAGGAAUGACUCAUGAAUUCACAACCUCCACAAAUCCAAUCGUUCAACAGUUUGCUUCUGGGAACUUGGACGGCCCAAUUAGAUAUUAGAGCUUGUGCUUGGUGUGCAUACUAGACAACACAAGGUCCCUGAGGACUGCUGCGUACCAGUGGAGAAUGCUGGAAAAUGGGUCAGAUGGUGCCUGCAAAUUCAGGCUCUGCCUCCUUUCUUAUAUAAUUAUAUUUCAUUGCAGGGGAUUGGAGCUCAAAUAAAACAAAUUUCUCAGUCGCUAACAGAAACCAUGGCCGUGCAACUGCUUCACGAGAGCCAGCAUCUAAAUUAGGCAUAUGGCGAUGUCACGAUUGGCAGGAUAAUUUGCUCUUUUUUCUUAAUUAUAAAUUACUGUUAUCUUUCUCUAGGUUAGUGUCAAAUUUAUGAGAUCGGGGACCUGCUUUCAUCCCCAUUUGUCAAGGAGAGUGUAUUCAAAACUUAAUAACAUAUAAUUGAUAAUUUUUUUUUUUUU